CCCUUAUUUCUGCUCCCAGCUGUCGUCUGUGAUCUGAGAUUUCUACCCCUGCUCCAGAAGGCCUCAGCUUCCCGAGCAGCUGCCGCAUUGUUACUGUGCCACACUGGAGUAUUAGGGUAGCACGAAGUAUGUGCUGUGUAACCCUAAUGCGCAGGGAUGUCAGCUGUGGUAUUUCAGCUGCAUUGUAAGUAUCAGAUCGGUCCUUGCGGUGUGAGCAGAAAUCAGAGAGAAGGGUAGGAACUAAAGAACCUGUUUCAAGCUGGUGAAAUAAUUCACACAGCUCUAGCUAUGACUGAUUUCCCAGAUAAAUAUGAGUGAAAGGCUCUUGUGUAAUAUUCAAACAGCUGAGUGCAAGUAAGUAAACGCUAGUGGAAAAAUAUUCAAUUAUGUAAUAUAAAACCGUAUUGUAACUAGCUUAUUUGCUAAAAGCUGCCAUUUCUAGAAGCUGAGUCUUUUUUCUAUUAUACAAAAUGUUAUCGUUUUAUGUGUUACUGAAGAACAAAUCGACUUUUAAUGUUCUUGUUUCUUGUCAUAUUAAGGUGCAUUUUUACCAUACUGGUCCAGCAAGCUGUUCCUAAUUUCACCUGAAUGCUUAUCACAUGCUUCUGGCAACGUAUGCUUAGGCAGGAGGGAUUUUGACAAGAAAGCAUGCGAUUGCAUGUUUAACAAGUCUUCAAACUUUGUUUUGAAUUUCACCUUUAGAACAAAAAGCAUUGAAAUAGACCUCUUGUUUGAAUAACCCUCCUCCAUUAAGUACAUGAAUCUUUACCCCUCCAGGCUAUGUUAAUUUGCAUUUUAUCUCUGCCACUCUUCCACACUUUUAUUUCACUCUUGACCCUGUUUCUAGGAGAUGUGCGAGUAAGAAGUCGGGCAGGAUUUGAAACAGAGAGAAGAGGUUCUCAUCCAUACAUUGAUUUCCGUAUUUUUCACUCAAAUUCUGAAAUUGAGGUGUCUGUUUCUGCGAGAAAUGUGAGAAGGUUGCUUAGUUUCCAGAGGUACCUGAGAUCUUCCCGUUUUUUCCGUGGUAUCACUGUUCCAAAUUCUUCAAACAUUUUAGAUGAUGACUAUAAUGGACAAGCAAAGUGUAUGCUGGAGAAGGUCGGAAAUUGGAAUUUUGAUAUUUUUCUUUUUGAUAGACUGACAAAUGGAAACAGUCUAGUCAGCUUAACCUUUCAUCUGUUUAAUCUUCAUGGACUAAUUGAACACUUCCAGUUAGAUACGAUGAAACUUCGUAGAUUUUUGGUCAUGGUUCAAGAAGAUUAUCACAGUCAAAACCCUUACCAUAAUGCAGUUCAUGCUGCUGAUGUGACUCAGGCCAUGCACUGUUACUUAAAAGAACCCAAGCUUUCCAAAUCUUUAACUCCAUGGGACGUUCUGCUUAGUUUAAUAGCAGCUGCCACACAUGAUUUGGAUCACCCAGGUGUUAACCAACCUUUCCUAAUUAAAACAAACCAUUACUUAGCAACUUUGUAUAAGAAUACCUCAGUAUUAGAAAAUCAUCACUGGAGAUCAGCAGUGGGGUUGCUGAGAGAGUCUGGUUUAUUUGCACAUAUGUCAUUGGAAAACAGGCAGCUGAUGGAAAGCCAGAUAGGUGACCUCAUUCUUGCCACAGACAUCAGUCAGCAAAAUGAGUAUCUGUCCAUGUUCCGAUCCCACUUGGACAGAGGAGACCUAUGUUUAGAGAAUGCAAACCAUCGUCACUUCAUUUUACAGAUGGCUUUGAAGUGUGCUGAUAUUUGUAAUCCAUGUCGGACGUGGGAGCUGAGUAAGCAGUGGAGUGAAAAAGUAACAGAGGAGUUCUUCCAUCAAGGAGAUAUUGAAAAGAAAUAUCACUUGGGUGUGAGUCCACUUUGUGACCGACAGACAGAAACUAUUGCCAACAUCCAGAUCGGUUUUAUGACCUACUUGGUGGAGCCACUGUUUGGGGAAUGGGCCCGUUUUUCAAACACGAGGCUGUCGCAGACGAUGCUGGGCCACCUGGGACUGAACAAGGCCAGCUGGAAGGGGGUGCAGAGGGAACAGUCUGGCAGCGGUGAUGAUGUUGACCCCACUUUUGAGGAGAUGGACUCAGACAUAUUACCUCAGGAACCUCGAUUGUCCUGACCUCAAUCCUCAUGACUAAACUGCCUCUUUCUUCUCUUGGUAUCUGCACGGUUGGAUUAAAGGAGAUACUUGCCAGCUCCAGGUUUUGGUAAAAUGAUGCCAGCAUUUAUUUAUUUCCAAGUUUUCCUUUGACACAGACCAUUUGGACCAGAUUUUUUUUUUUUUUUAAACUGCAAGAUCUGAACAUAGAGCAAUAUGCAUAUGCCUCAGUUGGUUUUCAUUGGGAACCUUGAAUAUGCAAAGCACAGCAGUGACCGAGCCGUGGAGGAACAGUACGGAAGCUUCAUCGUGCCACUUAACUUUGUUGUUUGUUUGGGGUUUGUUGGGGUUGUUUUUUUUUUUUUUCUGGUGAAAUGUGGAAAUGUGGUCUCGAAAACUAAGACUUGAGAUGGAUUGUUCCACUUUCUUGGAAUCUAGCAAGACUUGCAUAAUGUGUUCAAAGCAUACCUUCCACUCAGUCCCUGUUUUAAUACGGAAAUGUGAAGUGCCCAUCCUCUGCUGCCUCUGGCAAGACUUGAUGUUUACAAAUGUACUCUGAAACUAUUGGUUCUAGACUUAACCUUUGCGCAUGGCUGUGAAGGAACCACUAACUUGGGGUUUUUUUUGCUUUUUUUAAAAGAAAAAGAUCAAAACUGAGACUGCAGCUCUUGUUUCUUUGGAUGCCAGAAAAGCCUCCCAUUUGCCAUAAUUUUGUUUUGUGCACUGGGAACUGAGCAUUCAUCAUAGAGCACAGCCAAGCUUUUACUCCAGUGCUAUAUGGGAAUGCAAUUUUUUAACAGCGGGAAACACUUCUGAAUUUUGGGAAGGGAAGGAAAAGGGUGGGAGAGGGGUGGGGGGUGGGGAGGGAGGGGGCAGCGUCCGAACUGCAUUGCGAUUCUGCAGUGGAAACAUCGCAUGUUGUUUUCACCAUUGUACACUUGAACUGCACAUGCAAGAAAAAGGUGGAAUGUCUAAACACCACAAUCAGCUCAGGGUAUUUGCCAAUCUGAAAUAAAGUGGGAUGGGAAGCGUGUCCUUCAGAACAAGGGUACAAAUGCCCCUUUCGCUGCAGCGUGUGUGUACGUGUGGGUGUGUGAGUAUG